ACCAUCUACACCUUCCCCCCUCCAUUGCUGCCAGUUGCGCUGAAUUUCGCCACAGAAACCCAUCCAGUCCAUAUACUCACCCCCAACAAGCCCGUAUAUUCCCUCUCACAAACCACCAAUGGAUAGUUUCGCGCUUUCCCAGAUCUUUGGGCGGCUAAAAUCCAAAAGCGCCAGCGAGCGCCAGCAAGCUCUGGUGGCCCUCCGUAACCACCUCACGUCAAUCUCGCGUGACCUUCUGUCCGAGCAGUUUAACCGCUAUAACAAGGACAUCAACAACAAGGUGUUUGAGUUGAUCCAUUCCUCCGACCAGAGCGAGAAGCUCGGUGGGAUUGCCGCCAUCGAUGCGUUUAUCGACUUUGAGGGCGGUGAGGAGAACGCCACGAUGUUUAACCGCUACGCCAACUACCUCCGCAUCUUGAUCCCGUGCAAUGACCUCGAAGUGAUGUACGCCGCGACGCACACGCUCGGGCGUUUGGCCAUCCCUGGAGGGACGCUUACCGCAGACUUUAUCGAAUUUGAGGCGAAAAAGUCCAUCGAAUGGCUCCAAUCAGAACGCCAGGAGAACCGCCGCCAUGCUGCCGUGCUUGUCAUUACUGCCAUCGCCAACAACAGUCCUACGUUGCUCUACGUGUACGUCAACCAAAUCCUCGAGCACAUCUGGGUCACGCUCCGCGACCCCAAGCUCAUAAUACGUACGGACGCCGCGCUUGCGUUGCGCAAAUGCCUCGAUAUCGUGUAUGACCGUGACGCAGCGUUACGCCGCACAUGGUUCAACCGGUUGAUGGAGGGCGCAAUGGUUGGCUUCAAGCUCAACACCAACGAGGCCAUCCACGGCUCGCUCCUCUGCUUCCGCGAGCUCCUCACGCCCAACAGCAUCUUUGUCUCCGACAAGUACGAUAUGGUGUACGAGGCAGCGGCGCGCUUUAAAGACUACAAGGUCGACGUGAUCCGCCAGGAGGUGAUUGCCAUCAUCCCGCUUCUCGCAAAGUUCAACCCGCAAAAGUUUGUCGACAAGUACCUUCACCGCACGUUGCUCUACUACCUCGGCCAACUCAAGCGUGACAAGGACAAGCCCGCGAUCCUUAUCUCCAUCGGCAACAUUGCGUUCGAGGUCCAAGGCCAGAUGGCCACCUACAUGGACGCCAUUCUCGACAACAUCCGCGAUGGCCUUUCGUUCAAGCAGCGCCACAAGCGCGAUAUCGAGCAGGCCAUCUUCUCGUGCAUCGGCAAGCUCGCGUCGGCCGUCGGCCCCGCCUUGACCAAACAUCUCCAGCGUGACAUCCUCGACAUGAUGCUAGGCUGCGCGCUAUCGCCACACAUGCAGGCUACGCUCCAGAUCCUCGCGGAGGAGAUCCCGCCGCUCGAACCACUCAUCAACGCAAAGCUCCUCAAUCUCUUGAGCUUGUGUUUAUCGGGGAACGCGUUCCGGCCGCCGGGCGCGCCGAACGCUGCACGCCAUAUGAACCCCGUGGCCGCACGCGAGUACCGUGCCGGUAUGGCUGCCAAGGAGGAACACGGCCCGUACGAUACGCCCGAGACCGUUGACACCGCCAUCAUCGUGCAGGCGUUGCAGAUGGCCAUGUUCUUCGAGUUCAAAGACUACGCGUUGCACGAGCUCGUGCGCUAUGUGACGGUUUCCUACAUCGAGCACGACAGUGCAGAGGUGCGCAAGACCGCGGCCAUCGCGUCGUGCCGCUUGUUCUCGCGCGACCCCAUCUGCUUCCAGACCAGUGCCAACGCGCUCCUGGCCGUGUGCGAGGUUUUGGACAAGCUCCUCUCGGUUGCGAUCACCGACCCGGUGCCGGAGAUCCGCACAGAGGUGCUCCUGGCACUCGGCGAGAGCUUUGACCUGCAACUCUCGCAGGCCGACAACGUGCGCCUCUUGUUUAUCGGCCUCCACGAUGAGGUGUUUGCGAUUCGCAAGAUUGCUAUUCGCAUCAUCGGGCGCCUCUCCGCGAUAAAUCCCGCGUACAUCGUGCCGUCGUUGCGCAAGACACUUAUCCAGUUGCUCACGGACCUCGAGUACCUGACGGUCAGUCGCAAAAAGGAGGAGAGCGCGACGCUCCUCAGUCUCCUCAUUGCGUCAUCCAAGGAGAUCACGCGGCCGUACGUCAAGCCGAUCGUCGAUGCGUUACUCCCCAAGGCACGCGACGCCAGCCUGUUGGUGGCGAGCGCGGCCAUCACUGCGCUCGGCGAGCUUGCAGUCGUCGGUGGAGAGGACCUCAAGCCGUUCAUCCCCGACUUGAUGCCGUUGAUCUUGGACACCUUCCAGGACCAGUCGUCAUCGUUCAAGCGCGAUGCCGCACUCCGAACCUUAGGCCAAUUGACCAGUAGCUCCGGGUACGUGAUCCAGCCGUUGCUUGACUAUCCGCAGCUCCUCGGCAUGCUCGUGGGCAUCCUCAAGUCCGAGUCGUCCGCCACAAUCCGUCGCGAGACCGUGCGCCUCGUUGGGAUCUUGGGUGCGCUCGACCCGUACAAGCACCGCGAGGUGGAGGUUAGCUCAAAGAACAUUCCCGUGGUGGAACAGAACGCGCCGCCCGUGGAUGUGGCGUUGUUGAUGCAGGGCAUGUCGCCGUCCAAUGACGAGUACUACCCGACGGUGGUGAUCACCACGCUCAUGAAGAUCCUCAAGGAUCCGUCGUUGAGCACCCACCACACGGCCGUGAUCCAGGCCGUCAUGUACAGUUUCCAGACACUCGGCCUCCGCUGCGUGCCGUUCCUCGCGCAGAUCAUCCCGGGCGUCAUCACGGUGAUGCAUACGUGUCCGCCGUCGAUGCUUGACUUUUACUUCCAGCAGCUCGGCUACCUCAUCCGCAUUGUCAAGCAGCACAUCCGGCCGUACCUCAACGAGAUCCUCGAGGCCGUGCGAGAGUUCUUUGUCAAGAUGCCAAACUUGCAGGCCACCAUCAUUUCGCUUGUCGAGUCCGUAUCCAAGGCACUCGACGGUGAGUUCAAGGUGUACUUGACCGCGAUUCUCCCGCUUUUGCUCGACGUAUUGGGCAACGACAAGAGCACUAAUAUGACGAGUAGCCUCCGCGUGUUGCGCGCGCUCGUGGUGUUUGGUGCCAAUAUCGAGGAGUUCGUGCACCUCAUCAUCCCUAACGUGGUCAAGAUGUUUGAGUACAGCAGCGUGCCGCUCCGCAAGGCGGCGAUCGAGACCAUCGGCCGUUUGUCACGCAACGUCAGUCUCAGCGACAUGUCAUCACGCAUAAUCCAUCCAUUGUUGCGCGUGUUGUCGUACAACAGCGAGGAGCUCCGCAAGGCUACCAUGAACACCGUCAGCCUCUUGUUGAUGCAGAUGGGCAACGACUUUACCGUGUUCAUCCCUGUUAUCAAUAAGGUGUUGGUUCAGCAGCGCAUCCAGGCCAACAUCUACGACCAGCUCGUUAACAAGUUGCUCCACGGCGAGCCGUUGCCCAGCAACCUCAUCGUAGACAAGGAAUACGAGAGCAGCCAGCAGCCGGACGCCAGUGACGCCGAAAUGCCCAACAAAAAGUUGCCGGUUAACCAGCAGAUCCUCAAGAACGCGUGGGACGCGUCGCAGCGCAGCACCAAGGAGGACUGGCAAGAGUGGAUCCGCCGGUUGAGCGUGGAGUUGCUCAAGGAGUCGCCGUCGCACGCCCUCCGAGCCUGUUCGGUGCUUGCGUCGGUCUACUACCCGCUCGCCAAGGACCUCUUCAACGCCAGUUUCGCGAGCUGCUGGAGUGAGUUGUUCCCAAAGAACCAGGAAGAGUUGAUCCAGGCCCUCUGUGUUGCACUCUCGUCCUCAUCCAACCCGCCAGAGAUCCACCAGAUCUUGCUCAAUCUCGCGGAGUUCAUGGAACACGACGACAAGCCGUUGCCAAUCGAUGUGCCCACUCUCGGCCGCUACGCGCAGCGCUGCCACGCAUACGCCAAGGCGUUGCACUACAAGGAGAUGGAGUUCAUCCAGGAGCCGUCGACGCCAACGAUUGAGGCAUUAAUCAGCAUCAACAACCAGCUCCAGCAGCUGGACGCGGCCGUCGGGAUCCUCCGCCACGCGCAGAUGCACCAUGACCUCCAGUUGAAGGAGACGUGGUACGAGAAGUUGCAGCGCUGGGAGGACGCGUUGCAAGCGUACAACGAGAGGGAGCGGGUCGACCCGCACUCCAUGGAAAUCACCUUGGGGAAGAUGCGCUGUUUGCACGCGCUUGGGGAGUGGGAGCAAUUGUCGGAGCUUGCGCAGGCGAGGUGGAUCAACGCAUCGAGCUCCAUCCGGCGUGCGGUGGCACCGUUGGCCGCGGCGGCCGCGUGGGGCUUGGGCAAAUGGGAGCGCAUGGACACGUACAUAGGCGUGAUGAAGGAGGACUCGCCGGAUAAGGCGUUCUUUGACGCGAUCUUGUGUCUCCACCGGAACAAUUUCGAGGAGGCGUCGAACCACAUCCUCCAGGCACGCGACCUCCUCGUCACGGAGAUCACCGCGUUGGUCAGCGAGAGCUACAACCGUGCCUAUGGCGUGGUAGUGCGCGUACAAAUGCUUGCGGAGCUCGAGGAGAUCAUCAAGUACAAGUGCCUCCCUGUGGGUUCUGAGAAGCGUGCGGUGAUGCGCAAGACCUGGAACACGCGGUUGCUCGGGUGUCAGCGCAACGUGGACGUGUGGCAGCGGAUGCUCAAGGUGCGUGCUUUGGUGGUGAAGCCGAAACAGGACAUGGAGAUGUGGAUCAAGUUUGCCAACUUGUGCCGCAAGUCCGGUAGGCUUGGCUUGGCGGAGAAGUCGCUCAAUUCGUUGUUGGAGGAGGGCAACCCUGACAACCCCAACUCGCGCGCGCCGCCACAGGUGGUGUACGCGCAGUUAAAGUACAUGUGGACGUCGGGACAGCGGAGGGAGGCGCUCGAACACUUGAUCGACUUUAGCACACGCAUGUCGCAGGACCUCGGGUUGAACCCGAACGACUUGAUCACGCUGCCGCUUCCGUUUUCGGGGCCAAAACACGUCCAGGAGUACACCAAGUUGCUUGCGCGGUGUUUCUUGAAGCAAGGCGAGUGGCAGAUCGCAUUGAACAGUAACUGGCGGACGGAGCUCUCGGAGGUGAUUUUGGGGUCGUAUCUUUUGGCAACGCACUUUGACGACAAGUGGUACAAGGCGUGGCACAACUGGGCGUUGGUAAACUUCGAGGUGAUCUCGCUCAGCGGUGAGCGCAACGAGCGCGGUGAGAGAGAAAUCGGCCACCUCGAAGGCGGUGAAGGCGUUGACGAAGACCGCCACCGCGAAUUGGUCCAGCGCCAUGUGAUCCCGGCCAUCACCGGGUUCUUUCAUUCGAUCGCACUCUCGGACUCCAACUCUCUCCAGGACACGCUCCGCCUCUUGACAUUGUGGUUCCGGUACGGUGGCAAGGAGGAUGCCAACCAGGCCAUGGCGCACGGCUUCGAUAUGAUCAAGAUUGACACGUGGUUGCAGGUAGUGCCGCAGUUGAUCUCGCGGAUCCACCAGCCCAACGCGACCGUUAGCCGCUCGUUGCACGGCUUGCUCAGCGGCUUGGGCAAGGCGCAUCCGCAGGCGUUGGUGUACCCGCUCGCGGUGGCAAUCAAGGGGGAGAGUGUGGGCCGCAAAAAGGCGGCAAUGUCGAUCAUCGACAAGAUGCGCGUACACAGUGCGAACUUGGUUGAGCAGGCGGAGUUGGUCAGUCAGGAGCUCAUCCGUGUGGCGGUAUUGUGGCACGAGCAGUGGUACGAGGGGUUGGAGGAUGCAUCGCGGUUGUUCUUCGGCGAGCACAACACAGAAAAGAUGUAUGAGGUGUUGGAGCCGUUGCACCGGAUGCUCGAGCGCGGCCCGGAGACGUUACGCGAGGUGUCGUUCCAGAACGCGUUCGGGCGAGACCUCAACGACGCGAACGAAUGGGUCCUCAACUUCCGCCGCACCAAGGACGUGGCCAACCUCAACCAGGCCUGGGAUAUCUACUACAAUGUGUUCCGGCGGAUUAGUCGCCAGUUACCCCAAUUGCAGACGUUGGAGCUCCAGUACGUGUCGCCGAAGUUACUUGCCGCUAGUGAUUUAGAGUUGGCGGCUCCGGGGACCUACGAGGCCGGGCAGCCUGUGGUCCGCAUCAUCAAGUUUGAGCCCACCUUCUCAGUCAUUUCGUCCAAGCAGCGGCCGAGAAAGUUGUGCUGCAAGGGUAGCGAUGGGAAGGACUACACGUACGCGUUGAAGGGCCACGAGGAUAUCCGCCAGGAUAACUUGGUCAUGCAGUUGUUUGGGUUGGUCAAUACCUUGUUAGUUAACGACCCCGAGUGUUUCAAGCGUCACUUGGACAUUCAGCAGUAUCCAGCGAUUCCGCUUUCACCCAAGUCCGGGUUGCUCAGGUGGGUGCCGAACAGUGACACCUUCCACGUCUUGAUCCGGGAGUACCGUGAGUCGCGCAAGAUCUGGUUGAACCUCGAGCACCGCCUCAUGUUGCAGAUGGCGCCCGAUUAUGACCACCUCACGCUUUUACAAAAGGUGGAGGUUUUCACGUACGCGUUGGACAGCACUCGCGGCCAGGAUCUCUACAAAGUGUUGUGGUUGAAGUCGCGGUCGUCCGAAUCGUGGCUCGACCGCCGUACCACUUACACCCGUUCGUUGGCAGUCAUGUCGAUCGCAGGUUACAUCUUGGGCCUCGGCGACCGCCACCCGUCGAAUCUCAUGCUUGAUCGCAUUACCGGUAAGGUUGUCCACAUUGAUUUUGGCGACUGCUUCGAGGCGGCCAUUCUCCGUGAAAAGUAUCCAGAAAAGGUGCCCUUCAGACUCACUCGUAUGUUGACCUACGCGAUGGAGGUGAGUGGGAUCGAAGGGAGUUUCCGCAUUACCUGUGAGCAUGUGAUGCGGGUGUUGCGAGACAACAAGGAGUCGUUGAUGGCCAUUUUGGAGGCUUUUGCCUACGAUCCGUUGAUCAACUGGGGAUUUGACUUCCCGACGCAGGCCAUUGCCGAUGCCACGGGGAUCAAGUUACCGCAGGUGAACACUGGCGAGUUGUUGAAGCGCGGGCAAAUCGACGAGGCGGAGGCAACGCGGUUGACAAAGCAGCAUGAGGUGGAAAUCAGAAAUGCCAGAGCGUUGUUGGUGUUGAAGAGAAUUACGGAUAAGCUUACCGGGAAUGAUAUCCGACGCAUGCGGGAUUUGAACGUGCCCGUGCAAGUGGACCGGCUUAUCCAGCAGGCCACAUCGGUGGAGAAUUUGUGUCAGCAUUACAUUGGUUGGUGCUCGUUCUGGUAGUUUUUUUUUGUUUUUUUUUGCCCGUUGUUUUUUCCAACUGUUUGUCCAAUUGCUUUUCCAGCUGUUUUCGAUCUGGC